AUGCCUGAAGGAGCUGACGCCGAGCCAAAGGACGGGUCUCCCGGCGGGGCCAGCCCUCCGGAGGCCGACGACUUGGGGCCCAAGCGGCUAAAGGUGGAUCUGGCGGCCAGCGUGGGGCAGCAGGAACGGGCGGAUCGCGACAAGCUGGACUUCGAGGAGAUCCGGCGGAUGGUUUUGGAGGAUGAGAACGGCCCUGCGCCGCAGCUACGCACACGCGUUGACCUGGGGUCCGGGACGUACGCCCAGGCGGUGGCGCCCGACGCGGAGAAGGUGUUCGUCAACGUUGGGCUGGGGUUUCACGUGGAGUGCGAGUGGCAGGACGCGGAGAGGAUAGCGCAGCUGAAGCGGGAGGCGUUGGACGCACGGGCCAACGAGGGGGAGGGGGAGGCGCGCGGGGGCGGCGGAACGGUCUGCGAUGGCGAGAAGUAG